CUUCUUUAAACCGGAACCGGAAACGAAUACAGGCGGCAGCAAAAGCGGAGCCGGAGCACUGAGGCAGCCGCCGCGUGAGGAAGGCCGGAGUGCAAAGGACCGAGGGGCCACCGCCACCAUGAGUCUCCUAAACAAGCCCAAGAGUGAGAUGACCCCCGAGGAGCUGCAGAAGCGGGAAGAGGAGGAGUUCAACACCGGUCCCCUGUCGGUGCUCACACAGUCGGUGAAGAACAACACCCAGGUUCUCAUCAACUGCCGCAACAACAAGAAGCUGCUGGGCCGCGUGAAGGCCUUUGACAGGCACUGCAACAUGGUUUUAGAGAACGUGAAGGAGAUGUGGACAGAGGUACCCAAAAGCGGCAAAGGCAAGAAAAAGUCAAAACCAGUGAACAAAGAUCGUUACAUUUCCAAGAUGUUCCUGAGGGGGGAUUCGGUCAUCGUGGUGCUCAGGAACCCCCUCAUCGCUGGCAAGUAGUGAAGCCAGAGCCUCUCCUUUCCACCCAACAAUCUGCUCCAACCCUCAGCUCAGCCCAGUAAAACUGAGGGGGUCUCUUAUGUUUUACCUCUUGUGAAUAAAAACUUGUUGUUUUUUC